ACAAACAGGUCAGUAAUCGGUGUUUAAGUGAUUGGAGCAGCUGACUGGUCUGUUUUUUAGGUGACGCAUCCACCUGGGAUCUAGAUUCUUCUUCUGUGGUGGAAUCAUGGAACUGGCCUAUGUGUGUGAGUGGGAGAAGCGUCCGAAGAGCACGCACUGCCCUUCCAUCCCGCUGGUCUGCUCCUGGUCCUGCAGGAACCUCGUGGCCUUCACCACAGACCUGAAGAGCGAGGACGACGACAAGAAUGUGAGUCACAUGAUCCAUAUCAUCGACACUGAGCACCCCUGGGAUGUUUUCUCCAUCAACUCUGGACACACUGAGGUCAUUUCCUGUCUGGAGUGGGACCAAUCAGGCUCACGGCUGCUGUCUGCAGACGGCGACGGGCAGAUCAAAUGCUGGUCGAUGUCGGAUCACCUGGUGAAUAGCUGGGAGAGCGUCCUGUCGAGCUCGCUAGACGGAGACCCCAUCAUCGCUCUCAGCUGGCUGCACAAUGGUGUCAAGCUGGCACUGCACGUGGAGAUGUCUGGCUCCACAAACUUCGGGGAGAAGUUCUCACGGGUGAAAUUUUCACCGUCCCUAACGCUGUUUGGUGGUAAGCCGAUGGAGGGCUGGCUGGCGGUGACGGUGAGUGGUUUGGUGACUGUGUCGCUGCUGAAGCCAGGCGGCGCUCUGCUGACGGCGAGCGAGAGCCUGUGCCGGCUGAGAGGGCGCGUGGCGUUGGCCGAUAUCGCCUUCACCGGAGGAGGGAACAUUGUGGUGGCUGCCACAGAUGGCAGCAGCUCCUCGCCUGUGCAGUUCUACAAGGUGGUGGUCAGUGUGGUGAGUGAGAAAUGUCGCAUUGACACUGAGCUGCUGCCCUCACUUUUCCUGCGCUGCACCACCGACCCGCUGAGGAGGGAGAAGUACCCCGCUGUCACCCACCUCAAGUUCCUGACCCGGGAGAACUCUGAGCAA